GAGGGGGGAGGUUGAGAGUCCCGGGGAUGGGGCGGGAGGAUGGGAGCUCCUCCGAUCCGUCGCUCCCGUGCGCUGCCUUGCUCACACCCUCGCUGGUUCCGCCCGCCGUGCCGUGGUCCCUCGAGGUGCGGUGGGCCUUCGUUACGGUUUACAAAGCUUUAGAGGCAGCGCUGCUGAGAUGCUGCCACCGAGCACUGACUUAGCGCUGGGCACUGCCGUGCGGCUUACAGGAGAGCAGUCCUGUGUUACAGAGGAGGAAGCAGGAUGGCUGAUUUGGUUUUGUGUGAACCAAUAGAGCUUUACAACAUCUUGAAUCAGGUCACAAAACUAUCCAGAUUGACUGAACCCAACUAUCUCUGUUUAUUGGCAAUAUUUUAUAGUUUCCAGAGUACAAGUCCUUCAUCUCCUUGGUUAAGUUUAUUUUUUUGCCUUUCCAGGAAUGUCACAGAGUUGGAGGCAAACAAUGUGCGUUCCAAACGGGAGUAUGAUGAAAGCCAUGUGAUUACGGCCCGUCGAGUGAAGAAGAAGGCAAAUGAAUAUCUUAUCCCGGAGUCUGUGGAUCUGGAGUGCGUGAAAUACUGUGUGGUGUACGAUAACAACACCAGCUUCCUGGAGAUCUUAAGACACAGCAGUGAUGAUGACGUCUCUGAUGAGAGCAGAGAAGGACCGGUUCUCGGAGCCGCCAUUAAGUGUGGCAAAGCCCUGACCCACCUCACCCGCCACCCUGUCCGUAUCCUGAAGGGGGGCUAUGAGCGUUUCUCGGCCAUGUACCACUUCUUCCGGACGCAGAAGAUCAUCUGGAUGCCGCAGGAACUGGAUGCAUUUCAGCCAUAUCCUGUUGAAAUAAUGCCAGGCAAGAUCUACCUGGGCAAUUUCAGGCAAGCCUGCGACCCUAAAAUUCAGAAGGAUUUGAAAAUCAAAGCACAUGUCAAUGUCUCCAUGGAGACAGGGCCGUUUUUCACAGGUGACGCUGACAAGCUGCUGCAUAUCCAGAUAGAAGAUUCCCCGGAAGCCAACAUUUCCCCCUUUUUACGCCACGUCUGUCACUUUGUUGAGGUCCUGGGCCUAUGUCAAGAAGUGCCAAAACAACAUGUGUCCAAAUCAGGGCUUGGUGACUCAGCUGUUGGAGUGGGAGAAGAUCGUCCUUGGAGACUUGGUCACAGACAUCAAGGAUCUCUACUGAUCUUCUCUGUGGCCCAGCUAUGGGUCCUGAAGAACCUUGGUUGGGGGCAUGUUGUGUAUAGUGGGCCAAAGGCAGUAACCAGGUUGCUGUGGAAGGAGAAGGCCUCUGCUGCCCAGAACCUCAUGUCAGCCUCCUGCAGUGGUUCUUCCCAGGCUCCUCCUUCACACCACACAGCAGGAGACCCACCGGCUGUACCGCCUGAAGCUGGAGGAGCUGACCAAGCUGCAGAACAGCUGUACCGGCUCCAUCACUCGACAGAAGAAACGGCUCCAGGAGCUGGUCCUCCUCCUGAAGAAGCUUCUGGCCCCACCUGCAGAUGCAAAUCUUCCCUCCCGUCGGGGGCUGAGGAGGCCGCCCAGGAGCUGGAGAACCAGAUCAAGGAGCGCCAAGGUCUCUUCUUCGACAUGGAGGCCUAUUUGCCCAAGAAGAAUGGGUUGUACCUGAGCCUGGUUCUGGGCAACGUCAACGUGACCCUCCUGAGCAAGCAGGCUAAGUUCGCCUACAAAGACGAGUACGAGAAGUUCAAGCUCUACCUCACCAUCAUCCUCAUCCUCAUCUCCUUCACCUGCCGCUUCCUCCUCAACUCCAGGGUGACAGACGCUACCUUCAACUUCCUUCUGGUCUGGUAUUACUGCACCCUGACCAUCCGAGAGAGCAUCCUCAUCAACAACGGCUCCCGGAUCAAAGGCUGGUGGGUUUUCCAUCAUUACGUGUCUACGUUCCUGUCAGGAGUCAUGUUGACAUGGCCUGAUGGCCUCAUGUAUCAGAAGUUCCGGAACCAGUUCCUGUCCUUCUCCAUGUACCAGAGUUUUGUGCAGUUCCUGCAGUAUUACUACCAGAGCGGCUGUCUGUACCGCCUGCGGGCCCUGGGCGAGAGGCACACCAUGGACCUCACUGUGGAGGGCUUCCAGUCCUGGAUGUGGCGGGGCCUCACCUUCUUGCUGCCCUUUCUUUUCUUUGGACAGUUCUGGCAGCUUUUUAACGCGCUGACGUUGUUCAGCCUGGCCCGGGACCCUGAGUGCAAGGAGUGGCAGGUGCUCAUGUGCGGCCUCCCCUUCCUCCUCCUCUUCCUCGGCAAUUUCUUCACCACCCUGCGGGUUGUGCACCAGAAAUUCCACAGUCAGCGGCACGGGAACAAGAAAGAAUGAGGCUGGGCCUUCCCCUGCCUGCAGGCUCGGCUCCCUAUGGCACCCCGGCCCGGAAGGGCUUCUGUACCCCAUAUGUUGAGGGAGUGGGGGGGCUUCCCUCAUCCGGGAGGGUCUCUUCUGCUCUCCCCUGGAUUUUGUGGGCUCUGUGGGCCCCUAACGUUAUGCUGGAGAGGAAGACCUGGGCCCCAGCCCUGCGGGGAGCUGGGGCCAGCGGCCUCAAUAAAGGGAGAGGCACA